AUGGUUCCAGUGUGGUGGUGUGGAGGCGAAUCCAACCUGCGUCUCCACAUCCCCCCGUGUCCUUCACCUCUGCUCUCUCUCCCUCCAGUGUCCUUCACCUCCGCUCUCUCCCUCCAGUGUCCUUCACCUCUGCUCUCUCUCCCUCCAGUGUCCUUCACCUCUGCUCUCUCUCCCUCCAGUGUCCUUCACCUCUGCUCUCUCUCCCUCCAGUGUCCUUCACCUCUGCUCUCUCUCCCUCCAGUGUCCUUCACCUCUGCUCUCUCUCUCCCUCUGCUCUCUCCCUCCAGUGUCCUUCACCUCUGCUCUCUCUCUCUCCAGUGUUCUUCACCUCUGCUCUCUCUGCCUCCAGUGUCCUUCCCCUCUGCUCUCUCUCUCUCCAGUGUUCUUCACCUCUGCUCUCUCUGCCUCCAGUGUCCUUCCCCUCUGCUCUCUCUCUCUCCAGUGUUCUUCACCUCUGCUCUCUCUGCCUCCAGUGUCCUUCCCCUCUGCUCUCUCUCCCUCCAGUGUCCUUCCCCUCUGCUCUCUCUCCCUCCAGUGUCCUUCACCUCUGCUCUCUCUCCCUCCAGUGUCCUUCACCUCUGCUCUCUCUCCCUCCAGUGUCCUUCACCUCUGCUCUCUCUCCCUCCAGUGUCCUUCACCUCUGCUCUCUCCCCCUCCAGUGUCCUUCACCUCUGCUCUCUCUCCCUCCAGUGUCCUUCACCUCUGCUCUCUCUCCCUCCAGUGUCCUUCACCUCUGCUCUCUCUCUCCCUCUGCUCUCUCCCUCCAGUGUCCUUCACCUCUGCUCUCUCUCUCUCCAGUGUCCUUCACCUCUGCUCUCUCUCUCUCCAGUGUUCUUCACCUCUGCUCUCUCUGCCUCCAGUGUCCUUCCCCUCUGCUCUCUCUCCCUCCAGUGUCCUUCCCCUCUGCUCUCUCUCCCUCCAGUGUCCUUCACCUCUGCUCUCUCUCUCCAGUGUCCUUCCCCUCCCUCCCUCUCCCUCCAGUGUCCUUCACCUCCGCUCUCUCUCUCCAGUGUCCUUCACCUCUGCUCUCUCUCCCUCCAGUGUCCUUCCCCUCUGCUCUCUCUGCCUCCAGUGUCCUUCCCCUCUGCUCUCUCUCCCUCCAGUGUCCUUCCCCUCUGCUCUCUCUGCCUCCAGUGUCCUUCCCCUCUGCUCUCUCUCCCUCCAGUGUCCUUCACCUCUGCUCUCUCUCCCUCCAGUGUCCUUCACCUCCGCUCUCCCCCUCCAGUGUCCUUCACCUCUGCUCUCUCUCCCUCCAGUGUCCUUCACCUCUGCUCUCUCUCCCUCCAGUGUCCUUCACCUCUGCUCUCUCUCCCUCCAGUGUCCUUCACCUCUGCUCUCUCUCCCUCCAGUGUCCUUCACCUCCGCUCUCCCCCUCCAGUGUCCUUCACCUCUGCUCUCUCUCCCUCCAGUGUCCUUCACCUCUGCUCUCUCUCCCUCCAGUGUCCUUCACCUCUGCUCUCUCUCUCCCUCUGCUCUCUCCCUCCAGUGUCCUUCACCUCUGCUCUCUCUCUCUCCAGUGUCCUUCACCUCUGCUCUCUCUCUCUCCAGUGUUCUUCACCUCUGCUCUCUCUGCCUCCAGUGUCCUUCCCCUCUGCUCUCUCUCUCUCCAGUGUUCUUCACCUCUGCUCUCUCUGCCUCCAGUGUCCUUCCCCUCUGCUCUCUCUCUCUCCAGUGUUCUUCACCUCUGCUCUCUCUGCCUCCAGUGUCCUUCCCCUCUGCUCUCUCUCCCUCCAGUGUCCUUCCCCUCUGCUCUCUCUCCCUCCAGUGUCCUUCACCUCUGCUCUCUCUCUCCAGUGUCCUUCCCCUCCCUCCCUCUCCCUCCAGUGUCCUUCACCUCCCGCUCUCCCCCUCCAGUGUCCUUCACCUCUGCUCUCUCUCUCUCCAGUGUCCUUCACCUCUGCUCUCUCUCCCUCCAGUGUCCUUCCCCUCUGCUCUCUCUGCCUCCAGUGUCCUUCCCCUCUGCUCUCUCUGCCUCCAGUGUCCUUCCCCUCUGCUCUCUCUCCCUCCAGUGUCCUUCACCUCUGCUCUCUCUCUCCAGUGUCCUUCCCCUCCCUCCCCUCUCCCUCCAGUGUCCUUCACCUCUGCUCUCUCUCCCUCCAGUGUCCUUCACCUCUGCUCUCUCUCCCUCCAGUGUCCUUCACCUCUGCUCUCUCCCUCCAGUGUCCUUCCCCUCACUCCAGCUCCCUCCAGUGUCCUUCCCCUCUGCUCUCUCUCCCUCCAGUGUCCUUCACCUCCGCUCUCCCCCUCCAGUGUCCUUCACCUCUGCUCUCUCUCCCUCCAGUGUCCUUCACCUCUGCUCUCUCUCCCUCCAGUGUCCUUCCCCUCUGCUCUCUCCCUCCAGUGUCCUUCACCUCUGCUCUCUCCCUCCAGUGUCCUUCCCCUCUGCUCUCUCUGCCUCCAGUGUCCUUCCCCUCUGCUCUCUCUCCCUCCAGUGUCCUUCACCUCUGCUCUCUCUCUCCAGUGUCCUUCCCCUCCCUCCCUCUCCCUCCAGUGUCCUUCACCUCUGCUCUCUCUCCCUCCAGUGUCCUUCACCUCUGCUCUCUCUCUCCAGUGUCCUUCAUCUCUGCUCUCUCCCUCCAGUGUCCUUCCCCUCCGCUCUCUCUCCCUCCAGUGUCCUUCCCCUCCGCUCUCUCCCUCCAGUGUCCUUCACCUCCGCUCUCUCCCUCCAGUGUCCUUCCCCUCACUCCCUCUCCCUCCAGUGUCCUUCACCUCUGCUCUCUCUCUCCAGUGUCCUUCCCCUCACUCCAGCUCCCUCCAGUGUCCUUCACCUCUGCUCUCUCCCUCCAGUGUCCUUCACCUCUGCUCUCUCCCCCUCCAGUGUCCUUCCCCUCCGCUCUCUCUCCCUCCAGUGUCCUUCCCCUCCCUCCCUCUCCCUCUGCUCUCUCUCUCCAGUGUCCUUCCCCUCACUCCAGCUCCCUCCAGUGUCCUUCCCCUCCGCUCUCUCCCUCCAGUGUCCUUCACCUCUGCUCUCUCCCCCUCCAGUGUCCUUCCCCUCUGCUCUCUCUCCCUCCAGUGUCCUUCCCCUCCGCUCUCUCUCCCUCCAGUGUCCUUCCCCUCCGCUCUCUCUCCCUCCAGUGUCCUUCCCCUCUGCUCUCUCUCCCUCCAGUGUCCUUCCCCUCCGCUCUCUCCCCCUCCAGUGUCCUUCCCCUCCGCUCUCUCUCCCUCCAGUGUCCUUCCCCUCUGCUCUCUCUCCCUCCAGUGUCCUUCCCCUCUGCUCUCUCUCCCUCCAGUGUCCUUCCCCUCCGCUCUCUCUCUCCAGUGUCCUUCACCUCUGCUCUCUCCCCCUCCAGUGUCCUUCCCCUCUGCUCUCUCUCCCUCCAGUGUCCUUCCCCUCCGCUCUCUCUCUCUCCAGUGUUCUUCACCUCUGCUCUCUCUGCCUCCAGUGUCCUUCCCCUCUGCUCUCUCUCUCUCCAGUGUUCUUCACCUCCGCUCUCUCUCCCUCCAGUGUCCUUCCCCUCUGCUCUCUCCCUCCAGUGUCCUUCACCUCUGCUCUCUCUCUCUCCAGUGUCCUUCACCUCUGCUCUCUCUCUCUCCAGUGUUCUUCACCUCUGCUCUCUCUGCCUCCAGUGUCCUUCCCCUCUGCUCUCUCUCUCUCCAGUGUUCUUCACCUCCGCUCUCUCUCCCUCCAGUGUCCUUCCCCUCUGCUCUCUCUCCCUCCAGUGUCCUUCCCCUCCGCUCUCUCCCCCUCCAGUGUCCUUCCCCUCUGCUCUCUCUCCCUCCAGUGUCCUUCCCCUCUGCUCUCUCUCCCUCCAGUGUCCUUCCCCUCUGCUCUCUCUCCCUCCAGUGUCCUUCCCCUCCGCUCUCUCUCCCUUGUUACACCCUGGCUCUACAGUGUCCUUCCCCUCCACUCUCUCUCCCUCCAGUGUCCUUCCCCUCCGCUCUCUCUCCCUCCAGUGUCCUUCCCCUCCGCUCUCUCUCCCUCCAGUGUCCUUCCCCUCCGCUCUCUCUCCCUCCAGUGUCCUUCCCCUCUGCUCUCUCCCUCCAGUGUCCUUCCCCUCUGCUCUCUCCCUCCAGUGUCCUUCACCUCUGCUCUCUCUCCCUCCAGUGUCCUUCCCCUCUGCUCUCUCUCCCUCCAGUGUCCUUCCCCUCUGCUCUCUCCCUCCAGUGUCCUUCCCCUCUGCUCUCUCCCUCCAGUGUCCUUCCCCUCUGCUCUCUCCCUCCAGUGUCCUUCACCUCUGCUCUCUCCCUCCAGUGUCCUUCACCUCUGCUCUCUCUCCCUCCAUUGCCCGGGAAACGAGGGGAGACGAGGUGGCGGGAGGGGGAAGGGGCAGCCAAUCAGCAGCUCCGGUUCAAAAUGUGAAAGUGAAAGUGGACGGGAUUGAGUUCUGUGAUUGA